AUGAAUUUUCAAACUUUUUUUUUUUCAGUUUGUAUUCCGAUACUAAUUUUUUUUGUUGCUGGAAAACCAUAUGAAAGAGGAUUUUAUUGUGAUGAUGAAUCUUUAAGACAUCCUUAUUUGGACUCUACAGUACCCAGUUGGAUGUUGUAUACUGUUGGUCUUGGUCUGCCUAUAGCAGUGAUAUUAGUUAUUGAAUUCCUAACUUAUCAAAACUCAUCAGAUUCAAGAAUAAAAAGGAAAAUAAUGUCUAAGAAAAUUCCAAAUUGGAUUUGGGAAUGUUAUAGACACAUAGGAAUUUUCGGUUUCGGUGCUGGUUGUUCUCAACUGACCACAGACAUUGCAAAAUAUACAAUCGGAAGACUGAGACCUCAUUUCUUUGACGUUUGUAGACCAGAUAUUAAUUGCACUGAUCCAAAAUAUAAAAAUAUUUAUAUUGAAAACUUCAACUGUCAGCAAAAGAAUCAAAAAUUGUUAAAGGACAUGAGAUUAUCUUUUCCGAGUGGUCAUUCUAGUUUUUCAGCUUAUUGUAUGAUAUUUCUCGCUAUGUAUCUUCAAUAUAAAUUGACAUGGAAAGGUUCGAAACUUUUCAAACAUGUAUUACAAUAUACUUGUUUAUCUUUGGCUUUUUACACAGCACUUACCAGAAUAUCUGAUUAUAAACAUCAUUGGAGUGACGUUUUAGCUGGAUCAAUUCAAGGAACUGUUGUUGCCAUUUUAAUUGUCGUAUACGCUUCGGAUAUCGCUAGGGCAACAACAUUUAAAUUGACGAAAAAUUCUUCAUAUAAUGAUGGCAUUAACAUGGGAAACGCUUUGUAA